GUCAUGGAAUUUAUAAAAUCAUCUUGUCAUUCCAGAAAAAUGCCUCUAGUUGAGAACUCAGUUUGAUAACACCCAUUGUAUAAUCACUAUAAAAGGUGUAAAGUUUGGUUAUGUCUGAUAAGAAUCUUUUUGUUGAGAAAUAUGGUUUAUACUGUUGUAUAUAGAUAUUAUAUGUUGAUUGUUUGAUCAAUUACAUACUAGGCAAACAGUAACGCUCGGAUGUGCUUGCAAAAGUCAAAGAUAAAUUUCAAUAGCUUAUAGAGCAAAAUAUUUGGUUUGUAUAGUUCUAGUCAAAAUCCAGUUAUUGAUAAAUGGUUAGACCAGUUGUAUAGCGGGUUCUUGUUUUGGUAUAUUAAUAUAUAUGGGUAAUAUAUUAACGUGAAAUAAUUUGGCGGUUUAAAAGGUUUAAACGGUGGGGUUCCGUAAUAUCAUAUAAAGAAAUUUUGUGGGUGUCACUUCAUCGAAAGGUGGUCACAGUAACUACGAGAGUCAAUCGCAGAAGAAAAAGAAAUAACAUCCUUAAGAUUGCCGAUAAGCAUGGGUAGGAUACAGUACAAGAGUAUCUGGAUAGUCCGUUGGCCUAUAAUAAGGACGAUGCUGUCAAUUUACGAUCUGCGAUCGCCAGAGCUAAUUCAAGGAGAAGAAUUUCCAAAAUAUAUGAUCGUUCGGUGGAAAAAUCAACUUAUGGUAAUGGUCGUCCAGACAAAAAUGGUACAACAUUUAAUACCAAAGAUCUUUUGUGUCCCUUUAGCUAAUUCAACGUCAACGACGGGAACCGUGGGAAAGCAACUAGCAAUUUCCAAUCAAUAGUGGGUUCUACUGUUCGGUCACAUCGCAGGAAUCUGCCCAUUCAAAGGAGUACCAUCUGCAACAGUCAGCUAACCAAAAGAACAGAUUAAAAAAAAACAUGAUAUGAAUUCUUCAAAGUGAUCAGUUAUUAAUGAAGUUGAGUAUAAUUUUGAUAGUAUAAACACUUAUGAAACAGAAUCAGGAAAAACACUAAUUAAUGUCAAAGGCAAUUUAAAAAAAAAAUGGUCAAGUUUGGAAAAAUGUUUUAUGUGCUAAUGGUUUUAUUAUUAAUACUUUAAAUCUAGAAUAUAGAAUACCAUUUGUUAGUGAACCAAAUUUUGUAUUUUGUACGGAAUAAUAUGUCUGCAAUUAAAUAUUUGUCGAAAAAAUCAAUAUCAGAGUUACUUGACACAAAUUGUUCAAAGAAGUCACAUCUUCACCGUCUGUAGUAAAUUCUAAAACGGUAUCUGUACAAAGUUCAGGUAAAAUGAGACUAUUACUCGAUUUACGUCAUGUUAAUCAAUAUGUUGAGAAACCAAAUGUGAAAUUCGAAGGUGUCGAAGCUAUAAAUUAUGCUGUUAAUGCAAAAGAUGGCUAUAAAUUUGAAUUAAAGUCAGGUUAUCAUCAUAUUGAUAUAGAUGCAGAUCAUCAUUUUUUUUUGGAUUUUCAUUGAAAUUUUGCAACAAAAUCGUAUUUAUUACUUUUUCUGUUUUGCCGUUUGGCCUAUCAUCAGCUGGUCAUAUUUUCACUAAACAGUAAGAGUUUUAGUAAAACAUUGCAGAUCUUUCGGUCAUCCUAUCAUUGUUUAUUUACACGAUGGUUUAGGUUUAGCUGUUGAUUUUGAUACAUGUAAAAAAUGGCAAUCGAGUUCGCGAUGAUUUGAAAAAUUUUGUUGCUAAUAAAAUAAGGCGUGUGGGCACCACAACAUGGUAUUGAGUGGUUAGGAUUUAUUAGAAAUUUACAAAAUUUUUCUUUAGAAAUACCAAAAAAACAAUUAUAGUUUAAAAUUGUGCAUUUCUGCAUUACUAGAAGGUACGAUAAAACCGACUUGUAGAACUUUAACUAAAGUAUGUGGUAAAUUUAUAUCUUUUAAUCCAGAAUUAGGUUCUAUUUGUCAAAUAAUGACUAGACUAUAUUUGCAAGUUAUAUCAUUAGAUAUUUUUCACAUAUGUUUAAAAAAUAAUAUAGUAUUUAAAGUAGAAUGGAUACCACGGAAUGAAAAUACUUCCGCAAUGCACUUAGUAAAAUGUUUGAUUGUGAUGACUGGGGUGUUUCACAAAAUAUUUUCAUUUUUUUUUAGUUCCUUAUGGAGUCCAUUUACUUGCGAUACUUUUGCAGAUGAUAGAAAUAAAAGAUUACCUGUAUUCUUUUCAAAAUUGUUUACUCAAGGUACAUCAGGCGUAGACGCAUUUGCAUAGGAUUGGUCAACAUUUAAUAAUUGGGUCGUUCCUCCUGUUAAUAUAAUUAUUCGGGCAAUUAAUCACAAGCAGAUGUGUAAGACCAAAGGUGUUUUAGUAUAACCAAAAUGAAAGUCUGUCAGUUUUUGGCCUAGAAUUGUAGAUCGUUUAACAGAUAAAUAUCAAGGUUUUAUUAAGGAUUAUAAAAAUCCGAAAAACUUUUUUGUGACUGGAUCACAUAAAAACAGUAUAUUUCCAAAACAGUGUUGGUACUGUUAGCUGAUUUUAGUUGAUGUUAUUUCAUAUGAAAUGUAUUAAUAUUCGUGCAGUGCGAUGAUUAUUGUCACGCAGGGUGACUUGAGUAACAGAUGAGUUUUUUUAACUGAUGUAUGGACAUUAUUUUAUUAAAUUGCUUGGUGCGAUGUAUUAAGUCGCGCAGUGCAACGAUUUAUGUCACGCAGGGAGAGUGACUUGAGUUACAGUUCAGUUUGAACUGUUGUAAUGUGUAUUUUAUUAUAUCGUUUGGUGGGACGUAUUUGGUCGUGCAGUGCGACAUGAGAGGUUGUAGAGUUUGAUAUAUGAAUACAGAUAUUAUUAAAUUUUGUAAUUUGAUUUUCAUUUCUUUUAUUUUUCUAUUUGUAGUCUCAAUGGAAACAAUUUGAAGGAUGAAAAUAAUAAUCAAUAAAUGAAUUAUGCCAUUUCUCAUUGGUGUCCUACUCGAUGUGUCCAGUUCAAUGAAAAGUGUUUUCGAAAAUUUUGAAGAAAAAGAUGGAAAGCAGUCGCUUUCGGUUUUUAGUGUAAUAAACGAUCUCGUUGGAAAAAGUGUUUCACCUGGCAAUGGUGUCUUUGCAAUCGGUUUCGGAGGGAAAAAUGUCUCGACUGAAUUUGACAUACUUGGCUCCCUUCAAAACUUCCGGGAAAAAUAUGACAAGGAGGUCGACUUUCAAAUGUAUGAAAAGAUGUUACAGAAUAUAUAUCCUUAUAUAAAGGAUGUCAGUAGUAUCCCUGUUGACAAAAUUAAGAAUCAUGUGCCUUUCUACUUGAUUAAGCUUGUUUCUGACGGGUUUAAUUAUAGCAAAGAACUCAGAAAGACAUAUAAAGAUACAAAACUCACUAACUCCGAACUAUUAGAGUGUCUGUAUAGUUUCUCUGUUGGUAAAAUUCCAGACAAAUUUAAAGAAAUACAGAGAGUUGUAUCACAAGACAAAAAUAUAAAGGAACUGCUCUUACAAAAUGAAAUUCGAACUUUUGACUUUACACUUGCUAUAGAAAUAUUACGAUAUUGGCUUGAAGGCAAGUUGUUAAAUGAUUACAGAAUCCGUGGCAUCAUGGGAAAUAUUGAGCCAUUAAUUUAUGGCCGCCCUUAUUUAUUUCAAACACUUAAGAAGUCAGUCGGCGUGUUUUCACAGACGAAAUAUCAAAACCAUGAGAAAUUCUUGCUCGUUCUUUCUACUGAAGGACCUAGUAACGAGAAAAAUUUUUUGGAAGAAAUCGAAGAGGCAACAAAAAGCACAAGAGAUAAAAAGAUAACAGUAGUAAGUUGUUACAUCAGUAGGUCAAAUGAAAAAGAUAUCUCUCAAUCUCGCACUUUAUUCGGUAGCGUAAAAGAAAAAUGGGAUAUAGGUGCACGUGCGCUGUUCAAUUUGAGUUCAGGAAUAUCAACCAAGUUAUUGCCUCAUGCAAUCUUUCGUGCCAGAAAUUGGAAAAUCGAAACAACCAAUGAUGAAAUUAAAUUGUUCCUUCAAAUCAAUGACCCCGAUCUUAUACAAGAAGCGUGUAAUUUGGCUUCAGAAGUAGUAGGUUCUCAAGAUGCACUCCUCGAUAUUCUUGGGAACAUCUCGCUAGCAAAGUACAUAAUGAAAACAAAUGAUGAAUUUACCGCAAAAAACCAAGUAGGAGGAACGUGUUACGCAAAUGCCUCAGCUGCUGUUCUCCAUCUAGCAAUGCAAAGAGUUCUCAAACGCACAGGUGGUUAUCCCGAAUUCGAGGACAUACUAAAACUUCUGAUUGACAAAUACGGUGAACAUGGUGCAAACACAUUAACAGUACUUACAGAUAUUUGUCCCAGUUAUCGUUUGCAUUGUCAAAGUGUAAAAGCAGACGAAGCAAUUGACGCUAUCUCAAAGGGUCGUUCGUUGGUCGCAAGAUAUAGUCUAACUGACGUUGAAUGGAACAUUUUUUGUGAUUUUUUCAAAAACAAUCCGAAAGGUAUUCUUACAAAAAAUGAACUUGAUAUAGACAAACGAAUACCGGGCUCCGAAACAGAAGGACAUGCUGUAGUGCUCACAAGUUUUAAUAGUGACUGCUUCCGUUUUAUGAAUUCCUGGGGAGAAGAAUGGGGAGACUUGGGUUUUUGCAGAGUAAAAAAUGAAAAGGUUUUAGGUAUGGAAUUUAUUGAUGUCUAUUGGUCCUUGAAAGAUCUUUAUCCUGAGGAACUGGAAUACUUUAAGAAUCAUGGCGCUUCCUUGGCAAAAAGCUUGUUACAACGAUUUACAGACUUGAAUGAUAAGACCUACGCAUGUCCCAAGUGCAACUCGGUAUCAAAGGUGACCGAAUUUACUGGAACGUUAUCGAAGGCAUGUUGUCCAAAAUGUAAGAAAAGAUUUGAAUGCAGUGACGAUAUUGUAAUGAACUUGUACUUGUCCUCGAUACUUCAAAAACCUUAAAUCAGUGUUUAUCAACUCGCUGAAAUUUCAAAUCCACAUGUGACAAUUAAUAAUGCAAAUGCUUAUAAGAUUUUCAUUUUAUUUUAUUACUCAAUAUAUUGUUUAUUGUCAACAAUGUCGUCAUGAAGUCAUACUUCACGAAAAAUAUAAUUAACGGAAACUUGAUAUUAACAGAGUUGUUUUUAUCUGUAAUUCGACCAAUAUAAUGUGUAUUAUUAUACUUUACUAUAUCAACCACUAAUAAAAUAAUCAAGAUAUUA